AUGGAUUUAACUGAGCCGAUAAAUAGUAUGGAUAAUAAGACAGACUUUUUUGAUUUUGUUGAACAUUCAGAUUCAGAAAACUCAUUUUUAAAGAAUGUAGAAGACAGAAAAGAAAAUAACAAUAAUACUAUGAUCGUUACGGAGUUACCAGAUAAUUUAAAUGAAAAUUUUCAGCCCGCUUUUUGGAAUAUAAAGGAUACCGUUAAAAUAGAAACAGCUUUACUAGAGGAUUUAAAUAAAUAUUGCUGGAUGUCAACUGCAAAUGAAGUUGAGUCAAUUGGCCAAGAAAAAAGUAACGCUGAUGAACAAAUAUAUACUCUAACAGUAUUAAACGGAGUAGACCAAAGCGCCACAUGGUACCGUUUGCCGAAAGAGGACGAGUCUCUUUCAAGUCCCAACUCCAUGGAACAAUAUCAAGUAGGAAUUGAUAUGGAUUCAAUAUUGAGUGUGAUACCAAAUGGUCAAUUAAAUUAUAACAACAUAAUAACCAAUGCCACUACUACGAAUACAGAUGGUCUUAUAAAAUCCGAAACUUUUACUUAUGAUGAUAAUAAAAGUGAAAUAACUAAUUCAUUUAUCGUAGAUAGUCCUAUGUUAGAAAUAACAGAUACUCUUGAAAAUGAUAAUACCGAUUGGAAAAUGUCUGAUCAUGAUAAUAACAAUAAUAAAGAGUCUCCAGACUCACUUUUAAGAAGUGCUCUUCAAGGAAAAGCAUAUAUUCGGUAUAACGGCACUUUUAAACCAAUCCAACGAAAAUUUCCAGACAGUGAAAAUGCAGAACUAAAAAAAGUACUUUCAAAUUCUCCAACGAAUGCUUCUACAAUAUAUACCAAUGAUGAAGACGAAGAUAGAAUUCCUACAAUUGUGGCUGGAAUAGAUGUUAACGGUAAAAUAAUUUUCGAGGAACAUAUUGUAAAUAAAGUUAUUAAAGAAUCCAAUAGUUCCGCAAAUACUAGUAACGUAGAUGAUCUUUUGCUCAGUCAGCUGGAUCAUUCAUAUCCAGAGGAUUUUGAAAAGUUGAAAAAAAUCGAACACGAAGUCGCAGAGUCUGUCCAUCAGUAUUGUCAAUUCGAUCAUUCCGGCGAAAGUAGCACUACUCCAGUUAAUGGUGAACAAAUAGGACUAUCCUACAUAAAUCCACAAAUACAAACUGUCAUGCCAAGAAGUACAAAUAUUCAUAUUUGA